AUGGAGGCGGUGGCGGUGGUGGCGGUUUCAUCCUCCCCCAACAGCGCGGUCUCCUCUUUCCAGGUCGAUUUGUCCGGUGCCAUCGCCGGAGGCGGCGGCGCCGGCUCCAGGAACGACAGCGGCGAGGCCGAUAGGGCCUGCUCCAGGGCCAGCGACGAAGAAGAGAACGGCCCCACGAGGAAGAAGCUCCGGCUCUCCAAGGAGCAGUCCGCCUACCUCGAGGAGAGCUUCAGAGAGCACAAUACGCUCAAUCCGGUGAGUAGUACAUUCAGGGCCCUUGCCCUAAACCUAAUCCUUCCCCGUCUGUAAAUUCAUGGCCGCUCUUCGAUGUAGCAGAAGCAGAAGGUAGCGCUGGCAAAGCAGCUCAACCUGCGGCCUCGGCAGGUGGAGGUCUGGUUUCAGAACAGGCGGGCCAGGUAUUAUUCUUCAUCCUUUCAAGAAACUGGGCCACUUCUGGUUUUACCAUCGGGAAGAGAAGGAAGGCUCUGACUUUUUGAGAUGGUCUCCCCAGGACGAAGCUGAAGCAGACGGAGGUUGACUGCGAGUACUUGAAGAGCUGCUGCGAGCGGUUGACCGAGGAGAAUCGUCGGUUACACAAGGAGUUGCAGGAGCUGCGUGCGCUGAAGACCUCCCACCCAUUCUACAUGCAGCUCCCCGCGACGACUCUCACAAUGUGCCCGUCCUGCGAGCGGGUCGCCACCGCUUCGACGGCGGCCUGUUCUUCCUCCGCCGGCGGCCGGAGCGCCACCGUGCCGGCCGCCGCCGCCGCCGGCAAGCCCCAUCCUUCCUUCGACCUCCGCUCCUCUAUGCCCAUCUUGACUCCGCCCAGAUCGGUGUCGGCCUCGCAGCAGCGUCCCCCGACGGCGGCGCACCAGUCCGCCGCCUCCUGA